CUCAGUGGUGAGUCACUUCAGACAGUGUGACAAUGAUAAUCAAACAUUACUCUUGAUACAUUUUCUCUCUAUUGGCAUUAUAGUAGCCUUAUGAAGAGGCAGGAACAAUCUGGACUCAUGAAGUUCUUUGUAAUGCCAAUUUCUGUCUUCCCCAGCUUACCUUCCCCUUUUCUAUCUGCACUGACUGGUAUCCUUCUCUUUUUUUCCCCAGAAAGAUGGCGUUACCAAGAGGUGCUUUGGAUAGUAGAUUUCAGGAUACAGAUUUUAAUCUCUCCAAUAUGCCCGAAGAGGAUAUUGAAGAGCUAAAGGCUGCAGUUGAAAGAGGGAAUCUUUCAGAAAUGGUUUCUAAAGCGCAGGAAUCCCUAGAGCAGUUGAAAAACAUGAAACUCAACAUCGCCAUCACAGGAGAGUCAGGAUCUGGGAAAUCGUCCUUCAUCAACGCCAUGCUGGGUCUGGAUGAUGAGAAUGAAGAUGCAGCCAACGUUGAUGUGAUAGAAACAACAAUGGAACCAACUCCUUAUCCUCAUCCCAAAGACCGAAAUGUUACCAUGUGGGACCUGCCGGGAAUUGGGACACCGAGUUUCCGGCCUGACAGCUACCUCCAGCAAGUCAAUUUUGCCUACUAUGAUUUCUUUAUUAUCAUCGCUUCUGAGCGGUUCAAAUCCACCCAUGCUGACCUGGCCCAGGAGAUCCAAAGGAUGGGGAAGAAAUUUUACUUUGUGCGUUGCAAGGUGGAUGUAGACUUGCAAAAUGAAAAAAGAAAGAAAAACCUGAGUGAGGAGACCACCCUGAAGAAAAUCAGAAACGAUUGCAUGACAAAGUUGCAAGGAGCAGGGGUGACCUCACCGCAGGUUUUCCUUGUCUCCAAAUGGGAGUUUGGCAAGUACGAUUCUCCCCGACUGCAGGAAACUCUGGCAGAUGAUCUUGAUUCUCACAAGAGGCAUGUUUUCCUUCUUUCCCUGACCAGUAUUUCCAGACCCAUCCUGGAAAGGAAGAAGGAAGCCCUGGAGGAUCAGAUCUGGAAGCACGCUCUGGUGUCCUGCAUCACUUCUUUACUUCCUGUUCCAGGUCUCUCUUUUGCUUGUGAUGUUUCUCUAUUGAGGCGCUGCAUGGCAAGUUACCGCAAGACCUUUGGCUUGGAUGAUGACUCCCUGGUUAACCUUUCCAAGAUGGUUGGGAAACCCAUCGCAGACUUGAAGGCCGUGAUAAAGUCUCCGCUAGAAGAAGAAAUAUCAAACCAUUUUAUUGUGCAUCUUCUGGGCAAGGCUGAAGAUCAUUACAUGACGUUAACUGAGCGUGUCGUCCAUGAGAUAUUUCUGUCCGGUAUCCUUUCAGCAUUACCUUUUCCAAUCACAUGUGCCACGCUGAAGCGCUUUCUAAAUGAUGUUGCUGAAGAUGCCCAAAGGGUCCUGACCAAAGCUUUGGAGGCAGAAGAGAAAAAUUAAAUGUAACAGCAUCAAAAGUU